UUUCGAAAACAUUUUGAUUUCACUUCCAACUUAGAAAAAAACACAAGUCUUUAGUCAAACAAAAACACCCUUCGGAAAAGGCAUGCAACCGGAGAAUUUCGAGCUCUACCGGUUCCUCGCUCAGAACGGCGUCGUCGGAGGGUUUCCGACCAGUUCGGGUUUUCCAGCCACCAUGCAAAGCUUCUCUAGUUCCUCCACGUACUACCCAUUGGAGAUGUCCGGCGUUACGAGCGAAACGACGCCGCAGGAUAAAGCUCUCGCCGCCUUGAAGAACCAUAAGGAGGCUGAGAAAAGGCGAAGGGAGAGGAUUAAUUCUCAUCUCAACAGGCUCAGAACUCUUCUUCCUUGUAAUUCUAAGACAGACAAGGCUUCACUUCUAGCAAAGGUGGUCCAACGAGUGAAGGAACUAAAAGAACAAGCUCUCGAGACGACGGAGCUCGAUAAUUUACCGUCCGAGACCGACGAGAUCACCGUGCUCUCGUCUGAUUAUUCCGACGACGGGAGGUUGAUCUUCAAGGCCUCGUUUUGUUGCGAGGAUCGAUCCGAUCUCCUUCCGGAACUAAUCGACAUCUUGAAUUCCCUCCACUUGAAGACCCUUAAGGCCGAGAUGGCGACGCUCGGGGGACGUAUACGCAACGUCCUGAUCGUCGCCGCUGACAAGGAUUACAGCAUCGAAUCGGUCCAAUUCUUGCAAAACGCGUUGAAGUCUUUGCUCGAGCGUUCGAAUACGAGCAAUAGGUCGAAAAGGAGACGAGUGUUGGACCAUAAAAUGAUGUUGUAGUGGCCUUAUAUAUUUGUCCAUGGCCAUUGUUUAAAAAUCUCAUCUUCAACCUUUUGCCCUUUUAGAGUGAGCUUAUCUUUGUGUUUAGGGUUUUACAUGCAUCUUGAUUGUACGGUGAGUUUAGGAUUUAUCUUUGUGU